GGCGCGAUGCGAGCGGGCAGGGGCCGGGUUCGGGGCGGGCGGGGGCGCAGCCAAAUCCCAGUCAGAUGAGGAGCGCGGGACGCGGCAGCCCCGGCUCGAGAGCGGCCGGGAGGGAUGGCACCCGGCAAGAAGUGUAGUUUACUAACUUUUGCAAAGGAGCUCGCAGUCUGCCCUCCCUAGGAAUGGAGUCCCAGCCCCUGCUGAGAGGGUCUAGCAUGCACAGCAAGCUCCCCAGCUGGACCUUGUUCCUGGCAGUUUGUGCGGUUGGAAUUGGAGGGACUUUCCAGUAUGGGUAUAACGUUUCCAUUAUCAACUCACCCACACAGCAUAUACAUAGGUUCUUAAAUGACACUUGGACCAGUCGUUAUCACAAGGAUCUCAGUCCAGAUCUGCUGACCUUUCUCUGGUCUGUCAUUGCUUCCAUAUUUUCUCUCGGAGGCCUGUGUGGAGCUCUUGUGGGUGGCAGCAUGGCUAUCCGACUAGGCAGGAAAGGAGCUCUUUUGAUGAAUAAUGUCAUAGCGAUAGUGGCCUCCAUUUUAAUGGGGAUCAGUUUUCCUACAGGAUCAUUCGAGUUACUGAUUGCUGGAAGGUUUUUGAUUGGCGUAAAUUCAGGUAUUGGGCUCUGUGUCCAGCCUCUCUAUCUUGGGGAGGUUGCCCCAAAACACCUUAGAGGUAGCAUGGCCAUGGGAAGUUCCAUCUUUCUGACUGGGGGAAUCCUGACAGGACAAAUAAUUGGUUUGAGGGAAUUAUUAGGUGGAGAAGCAUAUUGGCCUCUGUUGCUAUCCAGCAGCUGCUUCCCAGCAUUUGCCCAACUUGUAUUCCUGCCCUGGUUUCCUGAAAGUCCCAGAUAUCUCCUUAUUGACAGAGGGGAUGAGCUGAGCUGUGCCAGAGCUUUGAAGCGAUUCCACAGUUCCUCAGAGUAUCGACGAGAGAUGGAAGAUAUACAGCGGGAAUGCUUUGCCUUAGACGGGGAGAAACCCAAGAAGCCCUGGCAAUUAUUCACCGAUCGUGGUGUGAGAUGGCAGCUCAUCACUGUGAUCGUGAUGACUAUGGGCCAGCAGCUCAGUGGGAUAAACGCGAUUUAUUUCUAUGCAACUUACAUUUUCAAACAAGCUGGCAUCUCAGCAGAAAAAAUCCCGUAUGUGACGCUCGGCACUGGUGGUUGCGAAUGCCUCACUGCCCUCACCUGCGGUUUACUGAUUGACUACGUGGGAAGAAGAUACCUCAUCAUUGGGGGUUAUCUCCUUAUGACCCUUUGGAGCGUUGUGUUAACCUUCUCUCUGACUUACCAGGAGCUGUACUCAUGGGUGCCUUACGUGAGCAUGACUGCUAUCUUUGCCUUCAUCCUGAGCUUCGGGCUGGGACCAGGUGGCAUCACAAAUACCUUGACAGCUGAGUUAUUCAUACAGUCUUCACGUCCUGCUGCUUACAUGAUAGCAGGGACUAUCAGCUGGAUUAGCUUCUUCACAAUUGGAAUGCUCUUUCCCUUCAUAGUGAACGGGCUGAAGCAGUAUUGUUUCCUGGUUUUCUUACUGGAAUGCUCCUUGGUUGCUGCUUUCAUCUUCCUCAUAAUUCCUGAGACAAAAAACAAGUCUUUUCUGGAAAUCCAGAAGGAAUUUCACAAGCUGAAUUUUGGAAGAAAUGCCCCAAAAAAGGAGAACGAGCUUUAUGAAAGGCGACAACUCCAUGAUGAGUUUAAAAAGAAUUCUGUCUAAUUUCACAGCUGUAACAGAACUUUAGUAAGAAUAAUGAAGUCUCUCCCAAAUUAGCAGUGUAUCACCUGGUACAAGAGCUUAUUAAAUCCUCCUGUAUAUUUAGAGGAACCUUAAUUAAAAGCUAGUUAAUUUUUCUGAAAUGCUAUUACAACAUAUAUUGCUGAAGUGCUAUAAAUGAAAUAUUCUAUUAUACAUAGAGGAUUUGAUUUUUAGAUACAGGUUGGCUGUUGCAGGGACAGAAACACCAGGUGGGGGAUCAGGGAGUUCCUCCCCCAGCAGAAUUCUGCAGAUAAUUCAGCAGGUCUUCUAAGUCCCUUCUUCAGAUUCAGGUCAUCAAGAGUAUUUUAAUGCUUUUCUGAAUAAAAUAUUCUGAGGCGUUAAAUCCCAAACGGGAAUAGAUCUGCUGUGAAACCAGUAUUUGAACUAUUCCAGUUUAUAUAUAGUUGGGCUAGUGGCCGUUUUUCACUUAAAUAGUUCUUCAACCUAUAUAAGGACACUCCUCUCCCACUGCUACUGCUGUAACUGUGCAAAGACAGUACAGCACCCAUCUCAGUUACUGUUAUUUGUGAUAAUGUUUAUUAUCACAAAUAAGAAGACUUGUUUCCUGAAAGGGUGCUAAUAAAACAUUUCCUGGAGUUUGAGUUUGGGUUCAUUUUUCCGCCUUAAAGUGGCAUCUUAACAUCUUAAACCUUGCAGCUCGUAAAACCUCUUGUAGUGCUGAAGGUUAAUUCCAGCAGACUGAGAUCAACAUCACACAAAGCACUAAGGAGUAGAGAGGGGCGUUGACAGGAAUGACACACUUGUCACCUUUAAAGCUUUUCCAAGGUGGCCUGACAGAACACGCACGACGAGAUCACUGACAGCUUGGAGGACCUAUGGAAUGAGCUUUCUGCUUCCUCUCCAACAUUUAUCCGGGGCUCUUCUUCAACAUAAAAUAAAUUCUUUGUAUUUUAUUAGUCAGAAAGUAAGAAAUCAUAUUUAAGUGGGGUGUUUAUUAGCCCUUCUAACACUCCUUUCCGCAGCUGUAGCUGCCAGAACAGCACUCCUGCCUUACCCAAUACAGCUUCUCCUGGUUGUAAGCAUUUCCCAGUUCCAUCUGUUGCUUAACAAGCACUGGGGCAAGCACUGGCUUUCUUUUACAUUUCUCUUCCUUCUCUCAGAAAUAAAGUUUUUAAUGAAAACGU